AUGCAGAAAAUCAAUUUUUAUAAUGGUCAUACGAUUCUCAAUAGCAUUCAGUCAUUAACAGCUUGUUAUUACACUCCAAGUAAUGAAUUUACUGACAAUAUAAUUCAGCGGACUUCUGAAAUAUUGAAUAUUUCCAUUACACCUAAAAUUAAUGAGUAUGAAUUUCUGAGCUCAAUUUAUGGUCCUAAUAGAAGUGUGGUACCUGAAGAAGCAGCUUUCAUUUUAUUUGAGCCUAGCAGUGAAUCGCUUCCAGAAGUUUUAAAUUAUGAAAUCCGUGCAAAUGUACAUGAAGAUUCAAGAGAUGGAGAUGAGUAUUUUACCAGUGGUUUUAUGGCAAUUCAAGUGGCAAUCGAGCGGUCAUUUAUCGAACUGUGGAGUGAAGGUGAUCUACCAUAUUCUGGGGAAAAUAUUAAAAUAGCUCGAUUUCCGCAUUACCACAUACGCUUUCCGAUCCUACCAUCAGCUGUUCGACCAAAAAUUAGUCUCAUAUACUACUUGACAGUAUUAUCAUAUUUAUUGAUUCCCAUAUCUGGCUUGCACAAAGCUAUUCAUGAUAAAAAAACUGGCUUUAAGGCUUUCAUGAAAUUAUCAGGCAUUAAUCCAGCCUUUAUUUACUUCGGUUGGAUUAAUUAUCUCAUGAUUACUGCAGUCCCAACAGUAUUUUUUUGCACAUGGAUACUUCAUCCGAUUUAUUCAAGUUCAAGUAUAGUUUUAGCCAUUUUUAUACUUAUGUAUAUAAUGAUGUCUGCUUUUUUCAUAUUUGCAGUUGGAACUUUUUUUGUUCAUUCAAUCAGAGCAAUUCUUGCCUGUAUUCUUUUAUGGUUGGCAAUGGCACAUUACACUAUUUUAUUGGAUGAGUCACUAAUUGAUUCAAGUUUAACUAUAAAAAUUAUUUCAUUGUUCUUCCCUCACAGUGGAUUACUUUAUGGAUUAGUUGAUUUUACAUACAAAAGUCAAUUUGAUGAUGGCGUUGAAAUUGCAAAGCCACGAUUUUGGCAAUCUAAAUAUCACGACUCUAAAUUAAGUGAAGAUAUGAAUAGAAUAUCUAUCAGUGCCGUAAUAAUUUCAUGGCUGUUUCAUUUAAUUGCAUGGUACCUGAUAGCUAUUUACUUGGAUAAUGUUUAUCCAGGAAAAUUUGGAACGAGAAAACCUUGGUAUUACUUAUGCAAGAGAAAACGAAACAAUCUGAAUGAUAUUAAUGUAACUUUAAGAGGCAGUACGAACUGGUCUUCAGUAGAAAGACCGCCUAAAUUUGUUAAACCUAAAGUAAGAGUAAAAAAAGUAACUAUUGAGUUUGGCUUUGAAAAACUGGAAGUUUUAAAGGACAUGACUAUAGAUUUUUAUCCAAAUGAAUUCAAUGUUAUUCUUGGUCACAAUGGAGCAGGGAAAAGUAGUUUAUUAAAAAUUAUAGCUGGUAUUUAUCAAGCAUCUCGUGGACAUAUUUAUAUUGAGGGUCGUGAUUAUACAGACACUAAAUCAUCUGAAAAAAAAACCAAAUCUAUUAUUGGUUAUUGUCCUCAAGAAAAUAUGCUUGUAACCUAUUUAAGUGUUUAUGAACACUUAUAUUUAGCUGGCAUGAUCAAAGGAUUAGAUUAUGAGGAAUCUCAAGUGGAGUCUAAAAGUCUUCUCAAAUUACUUCGUUUAGAAAAAGAGAAAAAUCAAUUAAUUAAUGAACUCACGUUUGGUAAAAAAAGAAAAUUAUGUUUAGCCAUAGCUUUGAUUGGAUAUUCUGAAGUUUUGGUUCUUGAUGAACCAACAUACGGAGUUGAUCCACAGCAUAGAAAACGUUUGUGGGAAAUAUUGGGUAAAGUGAAGGGUAAAAAGACAGUGAUCAUGGCAACUAAUUCAAUGGAAGCAGCAGAUACUUUAGCUGAUAGGAUAGCAAUAAUUGCAAAUAGUCGGAUUGAAUGUUAUGGAUCGAAAUCCUAUUUAAAUAGACGAUAUAAAAUAGGCUAUGAACUUACGAUUGUCAUUAAACCUGGUUGUGAUCUUCAAAAUUUACACAAUCGUGUUCAAGACUAUUCAGCAUCAUUAGUCAACUUGACUGGAAAAAUGGGCAUGAUGGUUCAUUUCAACAUGUCUCGAAACACAAGAUUUGCAAAAUUAUUUAGCUUUUUAGAAAUGAAUAAAGAAGAAUUGAAAAUAUCGUCUGUAUCUUUGCAUCCUGCUAGUAUUGAAGGACAAUUCCGCAAAAUAGGUCUGAUAAGUCAUUUUAAGGAACGCAAAGCUUGGUUUCCUAGCGAUGGGCAUGAAUGGAUACUCCAACAACGACGACGAAAACUUAUUCAAGACCGAAACCAUUGGGUUCGACUCACCAAUAACGCUUUACGUCGUCAACAGAUCCUCGCAAUUAUUUAUAAGAAAAUAUUGCACGUCACUGCAUCUUGGAAUCCAUAUCUCUUCUCAAUCAUUUUUUCUAUCAUUGCACUUGUUUUGACAAUGACUGUCUCUGGGUUGGCUAAAUUUCCACAUAUUCAUUCCAGUGAAAUCGAUUUAAACCCAGCCCUGUAUUCAAGCAGAAAAUUUUAUGCACUGGUUUAUGUAUCUGAAGAUGUUCACUCAUAUAAUUUUUUCUUGAUGCUACAACAAACCAGCGAAGACUUUGAAAUGAAUGACUUGCAUAUUACGAGAAACACUACAGCUUCAGAGUUUAUGAUUCAUCCAGAGUUGCAUUCGAUAAGCUUUCGAGAACGAUACUUUAUGACGAUUGAUAUAUUGAAGAAUCAUCAAAUAAAAAUCAUGUACUCACCGAUAUUAUUACAUAGCAGUCCAAUAGCUUUGAAUUUAUUUCAUAAUACUUUAUUAAGGUACCUUACUAAACGGGAUGACUUACGAAUUAAUUUGAAAAGUCGUCCAUUAAUUCAUCCAGAACAUUGGCAGUAUGAAAUUUCUCAUGGCAAAGGAGUUAAAAAUUGGGAAAAUGCUGUUAUUAUAACCACUUUAUUUCUUCUACUUCCUUCUGUGGAUCUUGGACUUCGUGAAGCAAGCAGUUCUUCUAAAAUACUGCAGUUGAAUACCAAAAAAAUGACUUCUUUGAUUUAUUGGAUACCAACAUAUUGUAUUGAUAUUUUAAUCUUCAUGAUGUCUCUCGUCAUAACUGCUGUUACAAGCUUUCUCAGUUAUCAUCAUAUCAUUUCAAUUUCUACAGCAGUUAUAAUUGAAUUGUGUAUUAUAUUUCUGUUUUAUGGAGCAACUGCUAUUGUUAUGGGAUAUUGUGUUCAAUUGUGGAUUAAAAAAAUUGGAAAUGCUUAUUUGACAAUAUUGAUAAUUAAUCUUAUUUCAGCUCUGAUGAUCAAUCCAGAAUUAAUAUUUCCUCUGCUUCUGAGCCACAUUGACAUAAAAGUUCAAGAAUACAUGGAAAUUUUUUUUCACGUGCUUCCACCUUAUGUCUUCUCUUGUGCCAUUGGAAACUUUAUAGCAAUAAAUUUAUACAAUGAAGAGUGUGCAGUAGAAAAUGAAUGUGACACUGAAUUUGCAAUUGAGGAUCCAUGUUGUUAUAACUGUGGCAAUGAAUUUUGUCACAAACCACUCAAUUCUCUGACAGAAACAAAUACAGAAUCAUUAUUUCAUCAUUCUGUGAUGAGUGAUUUAUUAUUAAUGGCUUCACAGACAAUAUUUUUUUAUUUAAUUCUAAUCAUUUGUGAAUUUAACAAUCGAAGGAAAUGGUUUAUUUCAAAAGUUUAUGGAUCAGCGACUGAAAUCACUGAUGAUAAUAUAAUUACUGAAAAGAAAAUAAUCAAUCAAUUGAUAACAAACCUUGAAAAUUUUAAUGUCAGGUCACUAGAUACAACUGUUAUCGUCAAAGAUCUUUCUAAAUACUAUGGAACCAAAAAAGCUGUUCGAGAUAUCAGCUUGCGAAUUGACAGGAAUGAAUGUUAUGGAAUCCUGGGGAUGAACGGUGCUGGUAAAACAACUAUUUUUCAAGCAUUAAUCGGCCAAAUAAAAGCUAAAAUUGAUAAAGCUUGGAUUUAUGGGACUGAAUAUUCACCAAAUAAUGAUGAAUUUUUUGGUAUAAUUGGUUACUGUCCUCAAAAAGGUGGACUUUUUGACUUUCUAACCAGUCGACAGAGUCUAUACUUUUUUGCUGCUAUCCGAGGGGUACCUUGGAAAUUUAUUCGCGGCGAAGUUGAUCGAUGGCUAGACGUUUUUGAUAUGUUAGAAUUUGAAAACUUAAUGUUGAAAAAUUGUGCCUGGGGAGUUAGAAGAAAAGUAGCUGUCCUUCAGAGUCUCAUUGGUGAUCUUCCGGUAAUUUUUCUUGAUGAACCGUCAUCUGGAAUGGACAUAAUUUCACGAAGUUCACUAGAUGAAACUUUAUGCCAACUAUGCGAAAUGGGAACGUCAAUAUUAUUGACUACGCAUUCUAUAGAUGAAGCAGAAGCACUUUGUAAUCGAGUUGGAAUAUUAGUUGAUGGACAUUUAGUUACUACAGGUACCUGUGAAAAUCUUGUGGAGAAGCAAGGAAACAAGUACAUCAUUACCAUCAUUUUACAACCUCAAGCAUCAAAAGAAACCGCAGAAAAAAUAAAUGAAUUAGUAAAUAGUUUGAUUUAUUCAGUCCAAUUUACUGGUAGACAUUUGGAUGUUUUAACAUAUGAAUUUCCAAAAACGUUGGAUCUUGAAGACGUAUUUAGAACACUUAAAGUUAUUAAACACAGACAACCUACCAUACUUGAUUAUUUUAUCAAUUGUCAAACGCUUGAACAAGUUUUUAAUUAUUUGAGUGAUAGAAAUGACUUGAUGGAUAAUCAACAUCAACCUAGAGAAACAAUUAUACAGAUCAUUUCUCAACUUAUUCGAAGAAUUUCUCAUUCAAGAAAUGUUGAUGUUUAA